GACCAUUCUAUGUAUCCUAUCUGAACGAGUCGUCUGAAGGUCUGAACGGUUUGGCAUUGACACUAUAUCCAUCAUAAACUUAGUCUAAGCUUCAGCUGAGAAGGCGUUAACGCACUCCAGGAAACCAUGAUCGGGCGGUUAGCGCAAAUCCGCCUUUUGGUGUGGAAGAACUUUAAGUUGCAAAGCCGUAGGCCCAUUGGGACUAUAGUGGAAAUAAUAGUCCCAGUGCUAUUUAUGAGCAUUAUGGUGGGACUGAAGCAGAUUGUGCCUUUCGAGUCUGGUGGCCCAGUUUUCAAUGCCGCAGAUCAGGCGAUCAAUGAGAUGCCGUACCCAAAUGUAACGCAGUACCUUUACUAUCCUGCGUCAGGACAAUCGGCCAUUAUAACGGAGUACAUCGCUCAACAGCAAGGAGGCGGUAUAAUUACUACCGGCACGGAUAACGAAACUGAAUUGGCAGAAUUGGGUCGCGGUAAACCCGAUGUUGUUGGAAUCAUAUACAACAACACCGUCAACGGAAACCUUCCCGAGGACGAUGUACAGAUCACGUUACGGUUUCCAUACGCACCGUCAUGCACACAGUACAACAAGGGCUGCAAUGACAAUAGCAAGGACUGGGAUACCACUGUGCGAUACACAACACAAGGGUUCUUCGACAAAGGACCGAAACUGAAGGACAACGCCGUCACUGAUUCCCAGUAUUGGUAUAGUGGGUUUGGCCGAUUGGAGUGGGAGUUGGGCCAGGCGGUGGCCUCUCUGCGCAAUACAGGUGCUUUGGGCGCUGAUGUUCAGCAGAACAUUGACUACCGAGUGCAGACCUUUCCCUUUGCUGAGUAUAUUCUCAAUCAGUUUGCGACGUUUGGCAUCAAGUUUACCAUGCCGUUGAUUCUGGUGCUCGCCUAUACGUACCCCGUGCUCACCACCACCCGCGAAGUGGUACUGGAGAAGGAACUCAGGCUUAAGGAAGCCAUGAAGAUGAUGGGGCUCUCGGCCACCACCAACUGGACUGCGUGGUUCCUCAAGAGCUUCAUCCUGCUGGCAAUCUCGACGAUCAUCUCACUGUGCAUCCUGUCGUUUGGCGACAUCGUGCUGUACUCCGACAUGAGCGUAAUCACCUUCUUCUACUUCUCCUUCGUGGUGGAGGUCAUUGCUAUUUCGUUUAUGAUGUCAACGUUCUUCCAGAGUGCCAAGAUCGCUGCGCCUGGGUCGGCUAUUAUCUUCAUGCUCACCUUCCUGCCCUUCCAGUUGGUGACAAUCUCGUCAGGAGGACAGCCCUCGGCCGUACAAGUAGCAUGGUCGUCGCUGUUUGUGAACUCAGCCCAGGCGUGGGGGUGGACAGUCAUUGGACAGUUCGAAGAACUUGCCAGUCCUCUAACGUGGUCUAAACUGUUCAGUGGAGCGUCGUAUGACUCUGAAAUGAGUCUGGGUUUGGUGAUAACCAUGAUGUGGCUGGGCACGUUCCUGUUCCUGUUCGUCACGUUCUACGUCGAGCGUGUGUUCCCAGGCGAGUUUGGGGUGGCCCAGCCCUGGUACUUUCUCUUCACCAAGAAGUACUGGCAAUCGCCCGCCAAGCGCCGCAGCGAUCUAGGCGACGAUGUCACAGUUGCCAAUAUGUCGACAACCAUUAUCAAUGACGACGACGCCGUGAUCGAGGCAGAAGAGGAGGGCAGGACAUCAGGCGUGGUAGUCAACAACCUAGUCAAGCAAUAUUCGAACGGCAAGUUAGCUGUGAAUGGAGUCUCCCUGAAGAUGUACGAGAACGACGUUACAUGCCUAUUGGGGCACAACGGUGCUGGAAAGACGUCUACCAUGUCUAUGCUUACAGGUAUCUACGAACCCACAUCUGGCAGCGCCUUCAUCAACGGAUACAACAUCCGCACAGACAUCGAUGAAUGCCGACGCGUGCUGGGGCUCUGUCCACAAGUCAACACGUUAUUUUCAGGCUUGACAGUUGCUGAGCAGCUAGACUUCUUUGGCACCCUCAAGGGCAUUCCCAAGUCCGACAUCACGCGAGAGAUUGAUGUCAUGUUGGAGGAUCUGGCUAUGGACGAGAAGCGCGACUACUUCCCCAGUGGACUCAGCGGCGGCAUGAAGCGCAAGCUCUGCGUGGGCAUCGCAUUUAUGGGUGGUUCUAAGGUAGUAUUCCUGGACGAGCCCACCAGUGGUAUGGAUCCGCAAGCGCGACGGUCCACGUGGGAUCUGAUCACAAAGUUUAAGAAGUCGCGUACUAUUCUGUUGACCACGCACUUCCUGGACGAGGCCGAUAUUCUGGGCGAUAGAGUGGCCAUUAUGAGCGAAGGCAAGGUCAAGGCUUGCGGAACGCCUUUGUUUCUGAAGGCACAGUAUGGUAUUGGGUAUCAAAUGGUCCUGGCCAAAGGACCGAACUGUCAGGAGAAGGCCAUAACUGAAGUGCUGGAGAAGCAUGUGAACGUUGUGUUAUUGAAUAAUAUUGGUGCAGAGCUUAGCUACCAAUUGCCUCAGACGGAGAUGGACAAGUUUGUACCAAUGUUCCAAGAGUUGGAGCAGAGACUGCAGGAGCUUGACAUACAGUCGUACGGGGUGUCUUGCACUACACUCGAAGAAGUCUUUCUGAAAGUCGGCGAGAUGGAGCACGAUGAUGAAGGCGAGGCCGACGACAAAGACUCGGAUAGCAAUGACUUGUAUAACAAAGAUGGCGCAUCGAGCACUUUGAUGUCCGAAGUUGGUGUCGAUGUGAGUAGUGUCGAUGGAGGCGAUGAUUUCGAAAAUAGAUAUCUGAUGUCACCAGGCUAUGCACUGGCAUGGCAGCGAAUUAAAGCACUCCUCGUCAAGCGAUAUAUUAACGCCAGUAGAGAUUGGAAGGUUGGACUGGCCCAGUUGAUGGUGCCUGUAGCCUUCUGCCUGUUGGCGUUGUGUUUGGGUAAGUUCGCACCUAACCCGUCUGACAGAGAUUGGACUCCGAUGAGAGUACUCACCUCUGACAUGUACUUCGAUCCCGCUGUACCCCAGUACGUAGAUCAAUCAGUGCCGGAUGUGGGAACGGUUGAGUCAUGGAAGACGGUCAUACCAUUGGUGGAGUUUGGAUUAGACAUAAAUCCCAGCACAGAUAUGCUGAACUACCUACUCAACAUGCAACGCACUGUGGGCCAGGAGUUUCUGGAGACAAAUCUGGGAGCCUUUAGUAUGGUGAAUGAGACAGUCAGCGAUGUGUUGAACGCCAAUGUCAGUACGUGGAUCAGUGGAGAAAGCACCCACAGUUUGGGUGUGUAUGUGGGCCAACUGGUAGAGUCUCUGGUGCGCAGCGGACUGCCAGACCCCACUCAAGAGUUCAACAUGCAGUUCGCUAUAGAUCCGCUGCCUCGAGAUGCGCAAAAAGAGGCGUACGAUUCUGUGGCCAUAGACAAUUCAGCGUUCAACAUAGCCUUCUUCACACUCUUCGGUAUCGUGUGCUCCACUUGUUGUAUUAUGAUCUUUGUGGUCAACGAGCGAGUCAGCAAUUCGAAGAAUAUCCAAUUCAUCAGCGGCGUCACACCAUUGCAAUACUGGAGCACGGCCUUUGCCUGGGAUUUCACUCUGACCUUGAUCCCCAAUUUGCUAAUCCUGGCUUUGUUCGCCGCCUUUCAGAUCGAGGCUUACACAACGGGGUACAAUCUACUGGCCAUCUUCUUGCUGAUCCAACUGUAUGCGUGGGGUUUCAUUCCGUUGAUGUACAUGGUGUCCAUGGCUUUUGACUCGGCCGCCACCGCUGUGAGUUGCGGCAUCAUCCUCAACUACAUCACUGGUCUGGCCACAAUGAUCGCCUGCGACGUGUUGCGCAAUCUCGGCUUAACGGCGUCGUCGACCGAUGACACAGACUAUUUCUUUAUCGGCACAAUGAUCUACUAUGUGUCACUGAUCUUCCCCAACUUCUGUCUGGGCAUUGGGCUCAUGGACCUGUACAAGAAUUGGCAGUUGAUGGACGUGUGCGUGACCCUCCUGUCAGCGGCGCCCACAACACUACCAGGACUCGAGGGUGUCUCACCGGAAGAAGUGUGUACGUCGCAGCAGUUUGUAGAUCUGCUGGGGUCGUAUGGGGUCUAUUAUCCGGAUGUGCGAUACCACUCGGAACCAAACUACUUCGCGAUGAGUCCCCCGGGUAUAGGUCUGCCCCUGACGGCGCUUGUGCUGUCCGGCUUUGUCUACUUUGGGCUGCUGUUGGCUAUUGAAUACAGAUUCUGGCUACCACAGCGAGAGCCUAAGGUCAAGCAGUCGCACCGAGACGCACAAGCACAGCUGACGGGUAACUACGAGGAUGACGAGGAUGUUAUGGCUGAGCAGAAACGGGUGGAGGGUAGUGCCAUUGAUGACGAUGUGGUGGUGCUGCAGGGCCUCACCAAGCUAUACAAGCGGAAGGGAAAGAAACAGCCACCCAAACUAGCGGUAGACGGAGUGACGGUAGGCAUGGGCCGUGCCGAGUGCUUUGGGCUGUUAGGUGUUAAUGGUGCAGGAAAGACCACCACAUUCAAUAUGAUGACUGGAGCCCAUCCCAUCACAGCCGGAGAUGCCAUCAUUGGAGGGUACAGUGUGAAACACGACAUGGAGGAUGUACGGCAGCUGAUUGGCUACUGCCCGCAGUUUGAUGCUCUCAUUCCGCUGAUGACUGGCCGUGAGACACUGCGGUUCUACGGUAGACUGCGAGGCAUUCCCAAAGACCGCCUGGAAGCGGUUUCGCAUAGGCUACAACGCCUCACUGCCAUUUGCACGUGCUUCAAAUCUAUUAACCCUAAAUCCUAA